AUGGAGGCGGAGAGGUGGCAGGAGGCGAGUGACGCGCCAAGAUGCUCAAAGCAGGCUCGGCCCACAGGUUCUGGAGGUAUAAAAGUUUGGGGAGAGAAUUGUCAGAUCAGCAGCUCCACAGCGGAGAGCAAAGAACAGAUGCUCUCAGGACACUCGAGUCCACAAGGAGGAGCCGUGGGAACUUUGGUAGAACAGACGUGCUCGGUUGGAGAAAUCUUCAGUGCAACAAGCAUCCCUGACCACCGGGAAAACUCGAGGAUGCCCAGGGAUCACAGCUGCCGCCAGCUGCCUCCGCUGACUGGCUACCCCAGGGCUGAGAAACAGCUGUUGGGAUGUGGGCGUCCAGCUGCUCCUCUCUUCCUGCUCUUCUUAGCUUCCUGGGCAUGUAUCUGUCAAGGUGUUGCAAUAUCACCUCUGGCCAUACAGACAGACAAAGAGUUACAGCUGUGGAACAAGCUAGAUAAUGCUUGUUCAGAUUUCCUGUCUGUUGACCCUCAGCCUCAGGCAUCCAGCGAACUGGAAGACCUUUGCUAUACUAUUAUGGGAAUUUUACCAAAACCACAGGAAUCAGAUGAAAAGGACAACACCAAAAGGUUUUUAUUUCAUUAUUCUAAGACGCAUGAUUCAGGCAACUCAGAUGUCAUGUCAUCUGUCGUGCAUCCUUUGCUGCAGCUCGUUCCUCAACUGCAUGAGAGAAGAAUGAAGAGAUUCAAAGUGGACGAAGAAUCUCAAGGACCUGGAAGAAUUCAAAGUCGGGGAUACUUUUUAUUCAGGCCACGCAAUGGAAGAAGAUCACCAAGCUUCCGCUAAAAAGACAUUUGAAGUACUCUAAUGUUGGAGUGGCAGUGCAGUAAACCUGUUUUUUGCUCAAAGAAUACUCUCUCAAUUGUACAAUUUUUGAGAAUUUCCUGAAAUGUAAAUGCACUCCAAUUAGACUUGGUUAAAAAUGUAAAUGUUUCUUUAAUUUCCUGAAUACAGUAAAAAGCAUCUUAAAAUGUUUCCUAGUAGUCUACUAUUUACACAUGGAAUAAAACUAUGACACUUGCAUGUCAGGAACAUUA